UUUUCAAUAAUUAUUCUGCUUACCUGUUGCUGUAAUUUCGUAUUCUGUUUUCUGAAUCAGUGUUUGCCUCUAAAGAAAAUAAGCUGAGAUCCCACUAAAAUUACCUUUUUUUUGUUAUUCUUCUCACAAAAAUAAACAGUCAAGAAAACCCAAACAUUUAUUUGAGUUAAAUGAACUGUUUGGUUUGACUUGAAACUAUAGUCAUCUUUAACCAGUCACAGAGGGGUAAAAUGGGAAUGGAAGGGUUGGGAGAUUUUGGUGUUGUUUUUUAAAGACGUCAGGGAGCACAAAGAUGCAUAUUUGUACUUUAUCUUGCCUGUAGUCUGAUGGCUGUGGCACUUGGAAGGAAUGUGGGAGAGCCAGGUUCAUUUCCCUGCUUUGCCUCAGGAGCUUUAUCCAYGUCUGAGGAGAGUUCCCUAACAGCUCCACUGGGCACCCUGCGUCGGAUACAAUCAUCUCAUUAAGAUUGAGUAACAAGUAUUUAACCUCAAAUGAAGACGCCUGCCUGCAGUGGAGUAAAUGUAUGGUGUAAAAGAAUCUCAGUUGCCCAAUCAAGAUGAACAGAAUGGCUUUCUUCAACAAGAAAACWGAACAUUCAUUUUUUAGGAACAUUUUAUAUCUACAACAUGAAACAUUUAGUAGUAGCUGUCUUUGAGGACAUUGAUCUAUGACGUGAAAUAUUCUGAUCCUGGGAAAAAAUGGGAUUCCAUUAAUUAAGUCUAUAAUUUUUAAGUGCAUUUUCAUGACUAAUUAUAUUUGUUUAUGCACAACAUGGAUACAGAAUUAAUGAACCAGAGAUUAUUUUAACACAUGCAUACAUUUUGUUUUUACAUUCAGUAUCCAAGAUACAUAAUUUUAAUCAAAUUUUAAAUGAUCUUUUAAGUUAUCUAUAUUUAUUAAUAAAUGAAGUCUUGGCAAGAAUUUAUCAUCCAUGGACAUGAGUAAAGCAGAUUCCUCCGGAAUGGAUGAUAAUUUUGUAUUGGGUAAAAUCAAUAACUUGAAAGUAGAGCAAGAAGACGACAGCAUUAACUGUACUCUAGAAAGAACGGAUAUAAAGACAGAACAAGAUGAUUUCAAACAUGUGGACAGCAGUGAUGAACAGGAAGACAAAGAAAAAAGCUUCAUUAGCAACAACCCUGGCAAAUAUUUGUCUGCAGAAAAUGAAGACGAUUAUGGAUCUCUUUUUUCUCAGUAUAGUAAUACGCUGUAUGAUGUAGCAAUGGAAGCUGUGACACAAAGCCUCCUUUCUAGCAGAAACAUAAGCUCCAGAAAAAAGUCACCUGCUUGGAACCAUUUUUUUAUAUCUCCUAGAGAUAGCACUAAAGCAAUAUGUAUGUACUGUAUGAAAGAAUUUAGCAGGGGUAAAAAUGAAAAGGAUCUGAGUACAAGUUGUCUCAUGAGACAUGUGAGGAGAGCACAUCCCACUGUACUAAUUCAAGAAAAUGGAACUAUGCCAGGUAUAUCUUCCUUUUCAUCGUCUACAUUACUGCUGCCACCUCAGUCUGCAGAUGUUGGAGAUCUGAGUUCUAUGUUAUCCCCCAUAAAACUGGUGAAGAAAAUGGCUUCUAAAAUGCCAUCUCCAGAUCGUAUGAUUGAGGAAUCUGUUUCUAUUGUUUCUUCUGAAGAAAUAUCAGAUCUCUCAGUUUCUGAAAAGUGCAGCAAAGAAGAAGUUAUGGUUGGUACAUCUCCGCAGCAAACCAACAACCAGUAUGAUGACACUGUUGAGAAUGUAGCAGAAAAAACAGUUGUAAUUCCAAAGAGUGCAUCAGGUUCUAGAAGGAGAUCUGCAGUCUGGAAACACUUUUAUUUGUCACCUCUAGAUAAUUCUAAAGCUGUUUGCAUCCACUGCAUGAAUGAAUUCAGUAGAGGAAAAAAUGGAAAAGACCUAGGAACAAGUUGUUUAAUAAGACACAUGUGGAGAGCCCAUCGUUCCAUCGUCCUGCAAGAGAAUGGGGGUGGUACCAGCAUACCACCUCUCUACACCGCACCUCCUACUCUCUUGCCAUCUUUACUACCAUCAGAGAGUGAUCUGAAUUCUAUGUCAUCCUCUCCGGGAAAACUAAUGAAAGAGCCAACUUCUGUUUCCUCUUCUCCAGACAGAAUCUCAGAGGAAAUCCAUACUAAUCUCACUUCUGGAGAUGGUCUAGUAGAAGACUCAAUGCUGUCAUCUUCUGAUGAUAUAGGUGAAGUCUCCUUUGUUUCAUCUCCUGAAAAACAGUGUGAGGGAUUAGGUCCACUAAUAUUUGAACCUACUGCUGUGUUUCAGCAAAAUAAGAGGAUUAUGAAAAGACUUAAGUCAGAAGUCUGGCACCACUUUUCACUCUCACCUGCAGACAGUCUAAAAGCAGUAUGCAGAUACUGCAGUUGUAUGAUAAGUCGUGGUAAGAAAGGAGAUGUGGGCACAAGCUGCUUAAUGAGACAUCUAUACAGACGCCAUCCUGAUGUAAUUGGAAACCAAAAGAGCUUUCUUGAUGUGAGUUUGGCAAAUUCUCCUUAUGCUACUUUGGCUUCUGCAGAAUGYUCAUCCUCAAAGUUGACUGACUUGCCUACAAUGGUUACACAUGAUAAUCAAAUUAUAUUUCCUGUUAAUAGUAAGAAGACCUCAAAACUGUGGAAUCACUUUUCAAUUUGUUCUGCAGAUUCAACAAAAGUGAUAUGUACACACUGUGGACGUAUAAUAAGUAGGGGGAAAAAGCCAACAAACCUAGGCACGAGUUGCCUUCUAAGACAUUUGCAGCGGUUUCAUAACAAUGUAUUGAAAACUGAUGUCCCAGAGACAGUAUUAUCCUCAUCUACGGAUAAUCACAUGCCACUCCGCACAGAACUACUAGGAUCUUCAAAUUUUGAUGAAACCAAUGACAAGUUUUGUGACUCUCACCCAGUUGCCAAAAAAAUCACAAGUCUUGUAGCCGAAAUGAUUGCACUUGACCUUCAGCCAUAUUCUUUUGUAGACAACAUUGGCUUUAACAGGCUGCUUGAAUAUUUGCAACCUCAGUAUUCUUUACCUUCCCCAUCUUACUUUUCUAGGACAGCAAUUCCAGAUAUGUAUGAUAAUGUAAAACAAAUAAUUACUUCACAUCUUAAAGAAGCUGAAAGUGGAGUGAUCCAUUUUACAUCUGGAAUAUGGAUGAGYAACCAAACACGAGAAUAUCUAACCCUGACCGCUCACUGGGUAACAUUUGAGUCUUCAUUUCGACCACAGUGUGAGGAUUACCAUUGUUCAGCACUAUUAAAUGUAUCGCAGAUCGAUUGCGACUACAAUGGAAUCAGUAUUCAAAAGCAGUUAGAAUACUGGUGGGAAACAUGGAUUACUUCCAUUGGACUUCAGAUUGGGAUUACUGUUACUGAUAAUCAGAGUAUAGAGAAAACUUUAAAUGAAGGUGAUCAUUCAAGUGUACAAUGUUUUAGUCACACUGUUAAUGUAAUUGUAAAUGAGGCUAUUAAAAGCCAGAGAAUGGUUCAGAAUUUGCUUAGUAUUGCAAGAAAGAUCUGUGAACGUGUCCAUCGGUCAGCAAAAGCAAAAGAGAAGUUAGCUGAAUUACAAAAAGAGUAUGAGUUGCCUCAGCAUCAGUUAAUACAAGAUGUUCCAUCCAAGUGGAAUACAUCAUUUCAUAUGCUUGAACGUCUUAUUGAACAGAAAAGAGCAAUUGAUGAAAUGUCAAUAGAGUGCAGCUUUCGGGAGCUAAUAAGUUGUGAUCAGUGGGAAGUCAUGCAGUCGGUGUGUCACGCUCUCAAACCUUUCGAAGCUGCGAGUAGGGAGAUGAGUACCCACAUGUCUACUCUAAGCCAAGUGAUUCCAAUGAUUCAUAUACUUAACAGAAAAAUAGAAAUGCUGUUUGAGGAAACUAUGGGCAUAGAYACUAUGCUGAAAUCUUUGAAAGAAGCUAUGGUGAGUAGAUUGUCCUCCACACUUCAUGAUCCAAGAUACAUUUUUGCUACACUUCUGGAUCCCCGGUAUAAAACAUCAUUAUUUACAGAAGAGGAGGCUGAACAAUAUAAACAAGACUUAAUCAGGGAGCUGGAAAUAAUGAGUUCUACCUCAGAUGAUGAUAAACCUGUUUCCAAUGGAUGUGAUAUAGGUUCACCAUCUACAAAUUCAUAUGGGGAAGAUAAUCUUUGGUCGCUCAUGGGUGACAUGAAGAAAACAAAAGACCUGAAAGAGAGAGCAAAGUUACCAGAGGAAAUGGUGCUUUCUUACUUGGAGGAAGAAGUGCUUGAGCAUAACUGUGAUCCUCUAACUUACUGGAACUUUAAGAAGUCAUCUUGGCCAGUACUGUCAAAAUUGGCUGUCAGGUUCUUGGGUUGUCCACCAAGCAUUGUUCCUUCAGAGAGAUUGUUCAAUACAUCCAAUGAAAGCAACAACUUUAGUCAGUCAAGGUUAAUGAUUGAACACUUUGAAAAGCUUAUCUUUUUGAAAGUGAAUCUUCCUUUAAUAUACUUCCAGUAUUGAAACUAAUGAACAAACUGCUAGACUAAAUCCGUUGUUGCUCACUGGAUAUUAACUAUCUAUAGCUCAGAUUUUUAAAUUGCUCCAGUAGGGGCCAUGUAUGACAUCUAAUCAGUGACUAUAAUUCCAAAUUUUAGGUUCAUUUUUUUCAGCUUUCAAUAUGUCUACAUGUGCCUUAUUCAUAGUACUUCAGGCCAGAUAUUGUAUAUAUGUUUUUUAAAAGUUCACACUAGAGAUAGCCUGCCUCGUCAAAUUAUACAAAAUUAUGUAGGUUUUAAUCCAUAAUUGUAAAUGAACUUUAAAAAAGCUCAGUCAUUUGUUUUAAUAGAAUGGCAAAAAAAAAGAUGUAAACAGUUCUAUUCUGUAGUUUUUUAUUCAAUUAUUAUGUAAAAAACCAUAAACCAGGUACUGUAUUUUAGUUGAACAUUGCUUUAAUUGCAAGAAAACAGAUUUUGUAGUUGUCAAAAGAAAGCUGUACAUGAAAGAUGGGGUUCAAGCUGUCUUUUUAUCAUAUGGUGUUUUUAACUGCAAGCCCUAAAGUACUUAAAGGAUUAAGAAGAGUUAUUGAGGAAGAUGUGUUUACAGGAGACUGUUGACUUAAUAUCAGAAAAUAAAUCUUAAAAUUAAGAUGAUAUGGAAUGUCAAUUAUACAGCAAUCCAUAGUAAAACUUCCUAUUCUGGGUUCUCCUGUUCAGGUUUUACAUUUUAAAUGAAUUACAGAAAUAUUCUGGGUAUUUAUAAAAGGUCUUUGGAAGUUCUCUCAAAGUUUGUGAAUUAAUGCUUGUUAUUUAAUGCCGUGUACAAAAAAGGCAACUUACCACAGAGACUCUAAUGUCAUUCUGAAGCCUUUUCUAAUCUUUAGUGCAUCAAAACUGUAAGGUCCCUAUUGUAAAAAUUGAGCCCUUACUCCUAAUGUAAUUUCAAUUGUGUAGAACAGCCUGUCUUAAAGCUCCUAGUACAGAACUGAAUCUUCUGGUUUUCAGUAAUAGCCUUAUGGAUAUGGUGCACUGCUUAGGACWUUAUGUAGUAGGGUUGAUUUUUAACUGUUGGUGUCCAUCAGGCAAACGGGAUAUAGAGCCCUUAAAACUUCAAAUAAGAUGGAAAAAAUAGCCAGCAUUUUCAUUUGAAAGGAAUAUUCUCCUUAGUUUAACUCUAGAAAGAUUCAUGUUUUCAUUUCAGUUUUCACUGAAAACAUUUUUGGGAAACAAGUCAUUUGCCUAUGACCUUUUAGAAAAGUUGUAGCUUUGUUAAAAUACUCUACCUAUGCCUAAUCUAAUUUUGCAUUUACUAUGUUUUAGUGUAUUUAUAAAUGGUGAACUCAGUUUCUGAAAUUAAACAUUUUAUUUGCAAUUUUCCAAUGGUAGUCAACACUGCCUUUUAUUUUCAGAUGGAUUUAAGACAACAGUUGAAUAAAAAUGAAUUCAGACAAUGGUAAUCAUAAAUAUACUACAGAACAAGUUAUGUGAAAAGAUGGAUUUUCCAUUUACCUCUUGGACUUGAGCCUGGAUUCUGUUCUUUUCAUUUUCCAAAAGCUGUUUUAACCUCAGGAAAAUUUGUUGAAUUACUUCCCAAAUGGCUCUGGUUUCCAUGUGUYGUUUCUCUAAACAUUUUAUGGUUUCAGGUAUUUCAAGUGUUAUUCCAUGAUGUUAUGUUUAUACCUGUACUAUUUAGGUAAAUUACUACAUAGUGUACUUGGGAAAGACUAAUGGUGUUUUUUUCCCUGCAGUAUUUUAAAAGGUAAUUUUUACGUCUAUCAAGAGUAAGCAUCUCUUUGUUCUUUUGUGUAGGGUUAAAUGAGAACAGCAGACUUUUUUCUGCAGUAAUAAAACAAUUUGUUCUAGUUUUUAUAUAGUUGGAAGUAGGUGAGUUUGAAGCGGCUUAUUGGGAAACAUGUUUAAAUGAUUACUGGUUAAUUAUUAGCUCAGUUUUUUUUUCCCUACUUUUCAACUGUGAAUAUAACCUUGACCCUUGUAAAGGAGAUUUUUAAUCUCUCCAAACCAGUGGAGAGAGGAUGAAAAAAAACAUUUUUCUUUCUAAACAAGUGAUACAGUUUUCACUCAAGGCUUGAAUGUAAAUACAGCCUAUGAUUUAAAGCAUUGUGGAAUUACAUCAAACGAGGAGCAAUGCUGGCAGUGAACAAGCUUACCUGAAAAUCACGGUUGUCUGGAUGCAAGCAUCUUGGGGAGUCUCUAAAGCUCCUGUCAAACUCCCUGCGUGGAAAGUGGUUGUAAUGCCAUUUUGUAGCCUCAUAUUUGCUUCUCAUACAGAUAAUUAAUUACAUAGUCAUGUUUGGUUUUUUUUUUUGGUCAAAAAUUACUGAGAACACAAGAACUAGUCACUAUUUUUAUUAGUAAAAUUUUAUCAGUCUAAGUUAGUCUACUUUGUUAAUACCCGUGAUUUCCGUUUUUCAUUUUUGCUUGGUUUGAUUUGGUUUUUUGAAUGGCUUAGUUCUUAAGAUCACAGUGUUUCAGUGUCAGUUUGGUUUAGAAUUAAUUAAAGGCUUAUGUUAGAAUUUUUAAAGAUAAUGCACAGGCCCCAAAGGCCUUAAAUUGAAACACUUAAUUCUUCAAUAAAAAUAGGAGAAACUKAGAAGACAAAGCUGCUAUUCUCAGUUGUAAGCCUUGAUCCUUCUAUAGGAGUUACGGGUGCGUCUCCUUCAGUUCAGGCACUGCUGCCUGUGAGGAAAGAAUGACUCCAAAAGAAGUGCUGAAAGCUUUAAUUGAAGCUUGAGGUAAGUUACUGAGUGUGUUUUGUGUUUGGUUUGCUUUAUUAUUUUAAUGUAAAAUCUCAGUGAU